AUGAGCUACGGCAGGGGCAGACGCGAUAUCGCUGACUUUAUCAAUAAUCUGCUGCGCUUUAAGGACGGAAGCGUGUUUGAGCAUAUCAACUACGGUUUCGUGUUCACGGGGGUGUCGCGCUCGCUGACGCAUGAACUGGUGCGUCACCGCGCGGGCUUCGCAUACAGCCAGCGCAGCCAGCGAUAUGUGGACGAGAGCGGCAGCAGGUUCGUCGCGCCGCCAGUGCUUGCCGACGCUGCCGACGACGAGGUUCAGGCUGUUUUCGAGGCGGCGAUUGAAAGCGCGGCGAAGGGCUAUGAUGAACUGGUCAAGGCGCUGGAGUCUGCCAUACCCCGCGAGCGGUUCAAGCUUGCAACUGACCACCGCAAGGCAAUCCGGCAGGCGGCGCGCGCGGUUCUGCCAAAUGCAACCGAGACCAAGAUAUUCGUUACCGCCAACGUGCGGGCGUGGCGGCACUUCAUCGAAAUGCGAGGCAGCGCCUUCGCCGAUGUGGAAAUACGCAGACUUGCUAUAAUGGUGUUAGAAGCACUGGAAGUCGAAGCGCCGCUGCUGUUCGGGGACUUUACGACAGAGACACUGCCCGACGGCUCAAAGACGGCGACUCCGAAGUACUCCAAGGUCUGA